AGAUUACAAUCUAAUUUGGCUCUUUACUCUACAAUUUUAACCAUGUGCUUCACAACGAAAUACAACACGCCUACCUUUAUUCUAACGGGUAAAACCCCGAGACAGACUUUCGUGCGCUACUGUUUACGUACCCCUUCUUUUCACCUCGUGCUUUUUCUCUCCCUGUUGACACACUCUUUUCAGGUUCAAGAACUCUCAUUACUCGAGGAGGUGAUCCGAAUGAUUUUAGAGAUUCUGAACUCAAUCCUUACCCAUGUCUUGUCGGACAAUGCGAAUCUGAUCUAUUCGUUGUUGCAUCAGCGUGAGCAUUUAGCCGCGCUUCGAUCGCAUCCAUCGUUCCAAGUGAGUAUUCAGUCCGUUCAAUCAUCAAAUCCCUGGAGGCAGUGCUGUUUAUUUAGUACUCUGACGCUUUGA